GGCUUGAUGCGCUGAUGGCGGCGGGGCUGGCGGAGGGUCGCACCGAGGAGGGAGAGCGAGGAGGCGGGGAACCGGAGAGAGGAGGCCCCGGCGGUACCGAGCACCGACACUCAGACACCCACCGACCCGACCACAGAGGCUCCGAGGCCCGCAGACUGAGAGGAGGAGGACAAGAGGAUGGAUGGAGAGACUUAUAUCAGCCGUCGUCCUGCUCCCCCUGCUGGUUCUCUACCACAGCUGCAGUUCUCGUAGUAUUUAGAUGCAGUACUCAGUGCUAAUACUUCAAGUGUACGAAAGCAUUUUGAUGCUAACAGACAUUCAGCGGCACCCGUAGGUCCGUUAUCCCGGCCUUGGUGUAAUCUUAGCAAACAGCUACUAUUCACCUGCUCUGAAAAUGUAGUUCAGCUUCAUUUUGAAGCUAUUCAAGGUUAGCAGCUAAGAGCUAGCUCACCACACACCUGUCCACAUCCAUUAUUUAAAUUCAGCUUGAAAACAAAUGACCUAAAAAUGUAGUUAGACUCUGACCAGGAUCAGGUGCUUGGCAGCUAACGGCUAGUUAGCGCUAGUGGUGAGCAGGUAGCGGUGGCGCAGGACUAAGUCCACGCAGAGCAGGGGUGCGAUGGAGUACCACUCCGGUGGUAGCCUGCCCCUGCUGGGGAGACCGCGGUACUGUCCUGGGGCCAACGCUAACGGAGGAUACCUGUGUGAGACGGGACACUGCUGCGGAGAGACUGGCUGCUGCACCUACUACUACGAACUCUGGUGGUUCUGGCUGCUGUGGACCAUCCUCAUCCUGUUCAGUUGCUGCUGUGCCUACCGACACCGCCGAGCCAAACUCAGAGUCCAGCAGCAGCAGAGGCAGAGAGAGAUCAGCCUGCUGGCCUAUCACGGAGCCAACUCCUACCCCUCCUCCAUGCUGGACCUCAGUUUCCUGGCGUCUCUGAAGCUGCCGUCCUAUGAGGAAGUGGCGGCUCAGCCCUCCACCCCUCCUCCACCCUACAGCUCUGUGUUCACCACUCCACGCUACCCACAGCCCCCUCGUACCGCAGACCCCCACCUGCUCACGCAACAUGGCCCUCUGCUGCACCGACCGCUCAGCGAUGGUCCAUCCUCUCUCAGCUCUGAUAACAGCUCCAGUUGUUCCUGUGACUCCUGCUGCCCCUCCUCUCCAUGUAGCUCCUCCUUAUCAGCGCCUGUCACGUAUGAGACUGACACAAGCCACGCCUCCACUCCGAGUGAGGUGGCUCCCCUCACACUUGAUGUCACCAUGGAAACCAUCACUGCUGCGGCUUCCUGCUUAGAGGUAAAUGAGACACGAUUUGCUUCUGAGAGGAUUGUGGCCUCAGUGGCCAUUGACAUCGAUGAGGUGGAUGCUGCCGGAGCUCAGGAACCUCAGGACUCAUCGGUUCCCAACCAGACUGUUACUGUGGCCGUAGUUACCAGGGCGGCCUCCCCUCAGCCUCCAUCCUCUCCUGGUUCAGAAAUGGCCCUUAUUGUUGGAACUUCAUCUCCUAUAAAGCAACAGCUUGAUCUAAGACCAUGUACAACGGUAGUUAGCACUUGUAGCUCCAGUAUACUCCCUUGUCCAAGUGUUGUUGACUCAGCACUCCCUUCCAUCCAAGUAAUAAGCGUUGAGUUCCCAGCUGAGGGCCCUAGAACUACCCCUGCUCCGAUAAUUACACUAAAGUCCAGCCCUUCUACUCCAACAGACGACACUUCUAAAGGGCUGACAGCCGAACUUACUGUAGAGACCCUCAAUUUAACAAGGACUUUUGAUACAUCCAACGUUCCUAGUAGCCCAACUUCAGUACCGUCUCCAGAUAUUGAAAGAACUUUGGCCUUGCUUACAGGCUCUGCUGGUCUCCCAACCCUGGACCCAAAUCCUAGCCUUGUGCCAAUCCCAGCACCUUCAACCCUUACCCAAGCUCCAGACCCAGUGCCUACAAACCAAGCCGGAGACACUAUAAACUUUACCUGUUCAGAAGUAGAACCCUCUAACCUUACCCCCAUUUCAAACCCACUGUUACCUUCAAACCAUACCCCAGUGCUAGACUCACAAACUAAAACUACCCUUGUUCCGCUUUCCACAUUUAACCCUGGUAUAACUCCUUCACAUUCUACCCUUACCUUAGCCGCAGAUGCAGCACCCAUUUUACCCACCUUAGCCCAUUGCCAGAACCCAGAGCUGUCACGUCUAACUCCGGUUCCUCCUUGCCCAAUUUCAGACUUGCCCCAACACCCAGGGGCUGUAGCUGGUCUUGUAUCUUGUCUCAAUCCGGAUACUGAAUCGGGUCCUUGUCUGGUCCUGGCUCAAUUGUUCACCGUCCCAACACCUUCUUCCUCCUGUCCAGCCAUAACCAUACAGUCUGAAUCUUAUUUUGCUCCCUCUCAGUCGCCCCCUUCAGCCAUAUCCCCGUCUUCAUCCUCAUCCCUUCCCUCUCGUCCAUUUCUCUCCUCCCAACAAGCCCUGGCCUCCACCUCCCUCCCAGCCCCAGCUUUACUUCUGGACCCACUCACUGCUCUACACCAGUCUGACAAAGGUGGAUCUUCCUCCGGCCAUGCUUCCUCACUCUCCCCCUCACCUCGUGCCACUCAGUCCCCUCCGAAACAGACUCUCUUCUCCCCCUGUGUGGAUGUCUUUGAACCAGGGCCUCCCCACUGGGAGGACGGAGAAGAGAAUCAGGAGGAGGAGGACAAUGAGGAUGAAGAUGAUGACAUGGGAGCUGAUGAGAGCCAGUAUAGACAUCGACGACUGACUGGUGACUCUGGAAUCGAGGUGUGUAGGUGUCGGGUAGAGAAGGAAGAUGAUGAUGAGGAGGAGGAGGAGGAAGAACAGAGGGCGGAAAGGAUGGAGGACAGUAGGAGAGGAGGAGGAGGAGGGGAGAGGGAUAAAAAAGGAGGUGGAAACACUGAUCUCCAUGAUAGUGUGGACUGCCCUGCCAGAGGUCAGAUAACCACAGGGGAGGAACUGACACUGUGUAACCCCACCUCCUCAACCACGCCAACUUCGGAGGACAGUGGUGAAGUCGUCAUUGUCAUGGAGACGGUUUGACGGAUCAAACCAUUCGCCAUCCAGACAAGGCAUGAAGAGGAAUUAAAACAGAUUUUGGAGAUUGUCCUGAAUUUGACGGGUUACAUCAUAUCAAUAAAUGUUGCUUGUUCAGCAGCUGUUAGUCAGACCAGCACAGGCAUUGGAAGUGUCACAGCAAAAGAUCCAAUGAGAAGCAUAAUCUCAACUCAAUCCUGUUUAUUCAACUGAGAGUUGGAAUUCUGAUUGGUCAUGGUUCCAGUGUAAUGUGAGUUUUAAAAAGGAGGAGAGGCGUUUACUCAGAUCGCCUCCAAGGUUGAUAAAGUUUUACAACCACUGCACUAGAGAACUGCUGUCAGCUAGAGAAUGUCAAGAGAAAUUAGGUCUCCUGCUCCCCAGUUUAAUCCCAACAGAGAAACACUGGUGAGUUGUCCGAGUUGAGGUUGAAACAGCUGGUUGUGAUGUGUCUGUUGAUCCAUCAGUGAUGUUCUCAGUCGGUCUGAUAACAGAUUAGUUUGUGGAGGUUAAGGUGACUUAGUUAACAGUAAGGCUGCAUGAUAUAUCGAAAAUCUAUCGUUAUCGCGAUAUCAACAUGCGCGAUAUACGUAUUUCAAAAGACUGCUUGAACUGCGAUAAAUGGUGUUCCCAUGCAUUCACGCUCUGCAUGUCAAUAUAUUUGGCCAAUCAAAUUCUAUGUGGAAGCUUCUAGUUAUCACUUUUGCCCAGGGUCAAAUUCAUCACUAUAAGCAGUUGAUUAUAUAAAAAAAUUGCGAAGCAUAUUUAUUAAGUCUGGACCAUUAAAACAUUGUUUCUUAAGGCCACUAGUGGUCCAAAAAAACCCCAGGGUACCUUUAAACUGAACUACAAGUCAUUAUAAAUUUGCGGCAGCUUUAAAAAGAUGCAAUGUUUAGCUAACUAGUUAAACUUUCGGAAAACUAAAUCAUUGAGGACACGAUAACGCAGAUCUCAGACCAGGUACCAGUUUGCAAACAGCAGUCACGUCAACAGUCGUAAAUAAAACUCAGACUGAUCUUUCUAACAGUUCCGGAAAUUAAAUUCAGUUACUAUGGAUGAACUGCUGCGUUGACCAUGCACAGGAUUUUUAACCGUCACUCCACCAGUUGUUAAGUGAUCCAAUGACGUGCACGCUCACAAGUCCUAAACAUUCGAAUCAUGCACGUCUGCCUUCUGUCCCACAUGGUGCGAACAUGGUCGCCUUGGGAUGCGUCACACCUCUGACAGAAAUGACGUUGUUUUUAUUACGUCUGUCACCAAAAAGAGAAAAGCAACUUUAAAUAGUUGAAUGUUUAGCGUGAGACUCCUCGCUCGUCUCCGGUGAUGACGGCGGUUUGGAAACAUACAAGGGACAAAUAGGAUGUGGGAGGAUGAUUCAUGCUGACUGACAGAGGGAAGACUGAUUCAUGCGUUUGGAGGGACGACUUGACGAAGAUGUCUGUCAUGAAAGAGGGAUUGGGUGGGUAGUUUAUAAAAUGGGAGAGAGGGCUCCUCAGAUUUGAUGCAUUUCUGGUUUAACUCGAUCCUAUGUGGAAGGUUUCAUGGCCGAGGAGGGGUCAGUCGGUUUCCUGCGCGUCUGCUCUUCGCAUCAAAAGCGUUUUUUUAUAAAUUGGAAUAAACAAUGGCGGCUGUUAGACAGAAACAAAGCACCAAACAGAACAGAGACGGCAGCGUGUCAUCGUCUUUGUCUCUUCAUCUGAAUUUGAGGUCAGAUGCAACAAAGCUACGUUUAGUCCUCAUCUAAACUGAAACUACCAUUCUCUCAGUUCGUAGACACCUCUCCUUCUUUUAACAUUCACAUCCGGAUCAGUAAACUGAAUCGACUUCACCCUACAAAAAAAACGCAAGUUCUUUCGAGGUCUUUAAAAAUGACAGUCCUGGAGUCGACGCAAUUUAUUUUUAGGCCUUUUGUUGUAACAUAUUAAUGUUUCGUACACCGUCGGAUCGAUCAGUGUGUCAUUAUUGAUAUUUUGUGACAGAAAGACUUAAAGGUAGAGUAUAUUUUGUCAAUGACAGAGUGUUAGUAACAUUUGUAUUGUACAUGAUGGUGAAUUUCCAACCACCUUCUGAAUUAGUGAAGAGCAAUAUUUUUCAUCAGCAAGAGUCUGUGUGUAAAUAAAAAAUUCAGGACGACUGCGACACAUCGUCAUUGUUGGGUGAAAACCUUGUCGCUCCAGUUGAGGUGACGGAAAUAUGAUGCACUUCUCUGUGGUUGGCUUUGGUCGAGGGAAAUCCUACUCCCCCCCCCCACACACACAAACUGAAAAAUGCAUCAGUAUCUCAAAGAAAACGCAUCUUUGUCCUGGAGAUGUGAAGUUUUUACCCAACAACUGCAGAGAAAUACGGAAGAGUGGAGGGGUCAGGUAUCAGAACAAACGAGUCCCGUUAAAUUCAAAUCAAGCUGCACCAGAUAGGCAAUGCCACAGCAGGCCUGAAUAUUUCCAUCAAGACCCAUGAAUUAUUGAAAAUGUUGAAAUACGUCCUAUCUCCCAAUGUUAGAAAAACAAAUCCUGGAUUCGCACCAAAUCUUUAUCGGUCUUUCCCUGACCUGUAACACAUCCUUCCACCGUGUUUUUGUGUCUUUCGCCUGAUUCCAACACUCUUCCGUAGAAAAGGAUUGUAGAGGCUGGUGUGUUCUUCUAAAGAGACGAGUCAUUUCCAACACAAGAGACUCAGGUUUGCCAACACACAAUUUGUAAUAGUUUUUAAUUGUGUAGAAAUGAAGAAAACGAUUUCGUCACCUUGAUCUUUGUCAUUAUAAAAAGGAAAAACCUGUUCCACAGCAGAUUCUGACAAAAGCUGAAGGUCUCUUCCACCUCGUCACGUAAACUAUGUUGAUUCAAACCAGAUGUUGACGUGUGUUGGAAAAAAAAAAAACUCGAGAGAAACCGACGAGAGGAAGAAUGUGCAGUGAUGUCAUCAGAUUGUACCGGCAGAUGAUUGGUUGAUCAAAUUCUUCAGAGUGAAAAUGUUCAAAUGACGUCUCAGUCGGACGGGAUUCAUGCCUCCAGGGGACGGAGCGGGAUUUUAACAUUUUCUGUUCUGUGAUUUUAGUUCUGCCCAGAACAUGAAUGUUAGUAAUAUUUCACCACCUCUUCAGUUAUAAUUACAGCCACAAUAACAAUAAUUUACAUCCCAUUGGCGACAUUAAAAUGAGCAGAAUUAGCUUUUAGCACCUCCCGUGUGCAGUGCACUUAUGGAUGGGAUCACCUGUAUUUCGGUAAUGAGGAGCUUUUCAUUGUUUACAAACCAUAAACCUCUGCUCCGGUGAUUAUAUUUCACUCCUCUCCCUCCCUUGUGUUGUUAAUCUCGUCCGAAUGUUGCUUAAAUGAGACAUAUUCUGUUCAGCAUUUUAAUGUUAUUACUGUAAAAUGUUUACAUGCUCUAAUGUUCAGAAAACGCAUAUCUUUCCUCAGACUGUCCAUCGCUGCAGCUCCUCUUUUCAGCCUCUGUCUCAAACACUUGGUUUUAGUUCCUGUCUCCUCAAGACCCCCCCCUCCUGAUAUCACUUCAAACUCUGUCUGAAACCAACCUGGUCCAUCCCAUCAGGAUCAUGUGGAAGUAUGAUCCUGACUUCUGACAAGGUGCUUCACAGACUUUGGGCUUUUUUUAACUUUUCACAACUUCUACAUUCACAAAAAACUCAACAUAAUAUGUCUCCUUUAAGAAAGUAAGGACGCAGCAUCUUGAGGCAAUACCGUUCAAUACCGAAAAAGAUGUUUUGUUCUCAGGUCCCUGUGGUGCAGUGGUCACCUGACGGUUGUUUCACCGAUAUCAUUAAUUCAGCUUUCUCCGAUGGAAAGACCUCGAGUCUGGUUGAAUGAUCCUUAAACCCUGUGUCCAUGCUGCAUUACAACACAGACUUGUCACAAAAAGGACAAUGGCUAUGACCAUACGGACGCCCAUGAUGGACAAAGCUAUGUUGGACUUCAUUACGACAAAAAUCAAUGUCCUGCCACGGAGCGGACGGUUAUUUCAAACUGAUUGACAGCUGGAUGUUUUGUGCACAAGAUUGGAUUCGAACAUGGACGGAUGAAAAUGAUCCAAUCUUCCUUUUCUAAACCUCUGUGGGAAAAUUCACAGACGCAGGAAUCUGGUUUUGAGCGGAUUUGGACUUUGGAGAGCUCAAGGAGAUUUUCCGACGACGAAGCGAUUCGACUGAGACCGAGGGUCCAAAUAAACGCAACCUUGAUCGAUGGAAUCCAGGCAACAUUCACGCCUGAGGAUGGAGAGUUCAUAGAGGCUGAGGAAGCUCCUCGAGGGUGACACCGAGCCGUCGAUGUUGUGGUUGAUGUUGUGGUUGAUGGUGUUUUUUGUUUACCUGAACUAAUAAGGUUAUAUAUCUCCAUGGUUACAGAGUGCCAUUUCUACUUGACAACUGUUACUACUUAGCAUUAGAUAGAGCUGUUCUCGCUCUGUGUGGGUGUGGGCUUUCGACCAGAGUGACUGGAGGGAUGUCUGAAAUCUGUCUGUAGCUCCGGUUCCCAAAGCAUCUGCAGCUUCUCACAUCAGCCUCCUGAGGGAAAGCAGCUGCUGUAAAUGUGACAUGUGUCAAGUUAUUGAGGAUUUUAUCCAAAUUCAUUCACAGUACCCGGGAUUGUCAACAUUAGAAUGUGUCUCAAUACGGUGAAUCCCUCCACCAAGACCCAACAGUCCUUUGAAUUUGGCAUCAAAUCCGUCAUGUUACUUUGGACAUUGAUUUCUAACGUCAAUGUCAAAGUCACUUCUACAAGGUAAAUUGAAGUGUCCUUUCUCUUCUAUGGGUUGGGGGUUAAACUGCUUCUGAAGUUCCUGACACUCGCGGUGCUGUGAUCCACUCAUUGGUAAACUCUUCAACCGAGUGGCUGAUGACAGCGCAGAUGAUCGAGGCUGAUGUCAGAGACCAGCUAACGCUUGGAAACCCGGUGUUUUCCUCUUUCUGUCAAGUUUUUUCUAGUUUUUCAAUUAAUGUCGGUGAAUGAAAACAUUCAGAAAAUAGUCCUCUCCUAGAGUUUCACACUGGUUGGAUUCACACUGACAGGUCAGAUUUGAUUUCCCAGUAUGGACAUCAGGACAAUCUUUAAAAGCAAAACAUUUUAAAUUAACCUCUACUGGUGAUUAGUGAAACCUACAAAGUCAACAAACCACGUUAAGUUAUUUUACGUUAAGUAAGGAACAUAAACCGUACAACUAAGUAAAUACACAGACACUGAACCUUUCGACUCCUGGACGUACAAGAUGAAAACAUCUAAUGUUGUUUUCUUGUACUUAAAUUAAUUUUCUCUUAACUGUCUCAUUUUGAGGCGAAACACAAUUGACGUAUAAAAAUAAAAAACACUGGAUCUGGACGAGAAGAUUUAAGAUUGAAUCUUUCUUUGACCAAGACAAGAACAGAUUUGCCUCAACUAGAUCCCAGAUGUACCAUCUGUUGACAUGGAGGAGGCCGGUUUUCGACCUGUUCUGCAGCCAGCCACCAGGGGGCGAUCCAGAUGAUUUGGCUUCACUUUAGGGACCCAUCCUGUUUUCCAUCUCUAUUUACAGCCUGUGCUGACCCUCAAAUGUGAACCCACUCAGAGUUUCAGAAAACUCAUUUGAUCAACUUUCACGCCUUCAGUGUUUGACAAAUGAUUUAAUUUACUAAAACUUCAGUAUGUUCCUUCUAUCGUAGAAGCCCCUCCCUCUGUCUUAAAGACGAUUUUCUCCUCGUUAUCUCGUCUCUUCUGUCCUUCCUUGUUGCAUGAGGUUUCUGUCAGAGGAGUCGAAGGAGGCAGAGAAGAGACGAUCCUUUCAAAUCCCUGAAUAUCACGAUGAUAACGAUGCUAAACAUUAGAGUUAUCUAAUGAUUAGUGUGUAUGUUUGGAUGUGUGUAGGUAUGUGUGUGACCUAACUAAACCAGCCUGUUCUAACAGUGUGUGAAGAUAUACUGAAUAAAACUGUUAAAUCCA